AUGGGUGCAUUCUCUCGUGUGCUGGAACCAGGUCUAGCCAUACUCGUACCCUUUCUCGACUCUAUUCGAUACGUAAAGUCCCUGAAAGAAGUCGCUAUUGAAAUACCUUCUCAGAGUGCCAUCACUCAAGACAACGUGACACUUGAACUUGAUGGUGUGCUCUACUACAAGAUUAUAGAUCCGUAUCGUGCCUCUUACGGCAUAGCAGACCACGAGUAUGCUAUCAGCCAACUCGCACAGACUACCAUGAGAGCUGAAAUCGGUCAAAUGAAACUGGAUCAAACACUCGCUGAACGUACCCAGCUGAACGCUAAUAUCGUCCAUGCUCUUAAUUCAGCUGCUGCAGACUGGGGCGUCAAGUGUUUGAGGUAUGAAAUUCGAGAUAUCCAUCCUCCUGAGAAUGUGGUGGCUGCCAUGCACCAGCAGGUGUCAGCUGAACGAAGGAAGCGUGCAGAAAUUCUAGAAUCUGAAGGACAGCGUCAAUCUGCAAUUAAUGUUGCAGAGGGUCGAAAGCAAUCAGCAAUCCUUGAUUCUGAAGCUAUAAAAGCCAAACAAACGAAUGAGGCUAGUGGUGAAGCAGAUGCGAUAAUGCUACGUGCAAAUGCUACUGCUCAAUCCAUAACACGAAUCGCACAAGCCAUACAAGAAUCUGGAGAAAGUGGACGUGAUGCUGUUAGUUUGUCUGUAGCAAGUCAGUAUGUGGAGGCUCUAUCUAAAAUAGGUAAAGAAGGGACGACUGUCGUGGUGCCCGCAAACUUGGCGGAUGCCAGCGCCAUGGUGACGUCUGCAUUGAAGAUGUUUGAGAAUGUUCGUAAUGUUAAACGCAUUCCACCGCCGACUGAAAUGUAA